AUGAAAACACAAAAUCUUACUGUGCCAAAUGAAUUCAUCCUCACGGGAAUCACAGACCGCCCUGAGCUGCAGGCUCCACUGUUUGGGCUCUUCCUCAUCAUCUACGUGACCUCAGUGGUGGGCAACUUGGGCAUGGUCAUCCUCACUAAGGUGGACCCCAGGCUGCAGACACCCAUGUACUUCUUUCUCAGACACCUGGCUCUUACUGAUCUUGGCUAUUCAACAGCUGUAGGACCCAAAAUGUUGGCAAGUUUUAUUGUGAGUCAAAAUUCAAUCUCCUAUUAUUUGUGUGCCACCCAGCUGGCUUUCUUCAUCAUGUUCAUGAUUAGUGAACUUUUUAUUCUGGCCGCAAUGUCCUGUGACCGCUAUGUGGCCAUCUGUCACCCCCUGCUCUACACGGUCAUCAUGUCACGAAGGGUGUGCCGGGUGCUGGUGGCAAUCCCCUACCUCUAUAGCACAUUCGUGUCUCUUAUAAUCACUGUAAAGAUUUUUAAUUUAUCCUUCUGUGGCUACAAUGUCAUCAAACACUUCUACUGUGACUGUCUCCCCUUGAUAUCCUUGCUCUGUUCAAAUACGCAAGAAAUUGAACUGAUCAUUCUGAUCUUCGCAGGUGUUAAUGUGAUCCUCUCCCUUCCAAUGAUUCUUAUGUCUUACCUGCUCAUCCUUGUAGCCAUUCUCAGGAUGAGCUCUGCUGAAGGCAGGCACAAGGCUUUUUCGACCUGUGGAUCCCACCUGACAGUGGUCACCGUGUUCUUUGGGGCUUUGAUAUUUAUGUAUGCGCAACCAGAGUCUAGACACUCCUUUGAUACUGAUAAAGUGGCAUCUAUAUUUUAUACCCUUGUGAUCCCCAUGUUAAAUCCCUUGAUCUACAGUUUGAGGAACAAAGAUGUAAAAUAUGCACUACAAAAGGUGUGGAAUAAGCUUUGUAACAGUUCCUGUUAA